UGGUGAAGCUCCAGCUUGUUUUCCCCAGACUGCAGCGGCUCCAGCCCGAACCGAACCCGGCCAGCGGAGACCCGGACCUCCUGGAUGAAGCUGCUCCUCUUCCUCGCCAGGUGGAGGUGAGGAAGUGAAGCCGCUCCUCAUGCGGCGCCUCCUCUUCCUCAGGAUGCUGCUGCGGCGGCGCGCUUGCGCUGCCCCGCUGGUUCUGCUGCUCGCGCUGCUUUACUUCUGCUACCAGAUCCUGAAGAUGGACCGGAACCAGAACCGGAGCGAGUCGGAGGAGACGGACACGAGGAGACUGAUCUCGGCUCUGGACGCCCUGCAGGAGGAGACGCAGGUUCGGUCAUCUCAGCGCCGGCGCCUCGCCGUGGUUCUGAUGGGUCGCCUGGGCCCGUCAGACCCUGAGGUUGUGCUGCACCAGCAGGUUCUGCAACAGAUGGGAUAUCAGGUCCAUUUGACCCGGUUCGCUGAGGCCAGCAGCUUCCUGAGGACGCAGAGUGGUGUGGGUGGGUGGAGUCUCCUGCUGUGUCUCAGUUCUUCAGAACUGAGCUGCUUGAGGAGGAUCAGAUUCUCACACCUGCGGCAUCAGAUGGUGAACCUGCUACCUGAGCUGAUGGAGGCGUUUUCAGAUGCAGGUGAAGGUCGCUGUCGCUUCUACCUGAAACUGACAGAAGCUGAUUUUCCCAUGAGGCGUGUGUCCUGUGGGUCGUCCAAUCAGAAGCCUCACUUUCCUCUGGACAGACCCGACCACGCCCCCUCUCCUGCUCUGGUUGCCAUGGUGAAUGUUUUUGUCCUGGUGACCUCCAUGACCCCUCUGACAUCCUUCCUGCAUGACGUCAUCGUGGUGAAGACCAGCGAGAACGACCCGGGCCAGCAGUCCCAGAUCAGAACCUUCCUGCUGCAGCGGUACGGGCCGGCCUCGGCCCAGCUGGCCCGGGUCCAGGUCCAGAGGGCGGUGGUGGCGGUGCUGCGUGCGGCAUCGACCAAUCAGGAGCCGGCAGCGGGCGGCAGCUGUCUGCUGUGCUUCCAGCUGCUCACCUUCACUCUGAUGUUCAGCGGCGCCGCCUCUCCUGCUGUGGUCCAUGUGGAGCUGGGACUCAGCGUCCCGUCUCAGGGUGAGGACGCCUUCAGAGGACAGAUCACCAGAGACCGGGUCCUGGAGGACAGCCUGCGCCUGCUGCUGCCGCCGCCCACUCACCUGCAGACUCACCUGCAGACUCACCUGCAGACUCACCUGCAGACUCACCUGCAGACUCACCUGCAGACUCACCUGCAGACUCACCUGUCCUUAGAAACCCUGAGGCAGCAGUACGGUGGCUGCAGAGGGACACACAGCAGCUGUCUGAACCACGACCACUUCCUGUUCCUGCUGCGCUUCCACCUGCAGCUGCAGACACCGUCAGCCUUCCACCUGCUUCAUGCCUCCUCUUCCUUCUCGUCUUCCUCAUCUUCAUCGGCCCCCCCCAGCCAGCUCCUCCUCCUCCUCCUCAGGAUCAGUCGGCACCACGACCUGCAGAGCAGCAGAGAGCCCAAACCUCUGACCAAUCAGCAGCCAGCAUCCGGGUCACCUGGAGGGUCGUGUUCGGACCCCCGGCUGAGGCGGAUCUACUCGGAGCCGCCCCUCAGCCUGACUCCGCCCUUUAACCCCGCCCUGAAGGAGUACCGGGCCGAGGUUCCCUUCGACACCGUGACGGUUCGGAUCCGACCGGAACCGAUCAGCGAGGCCUGCGUCGUGCGCCUGGACAACCGCCGAGGACCCAGGACGGCCAACUUCCCUGUCGGCAUGGGAACCAGCCAGAUCAGCGUCCUGGUGACGAACGGGGCGGAGCCUCGUCCCGUCGUCAUGACGACCUACACCAUCCACGUCUACCGCGAGAGCCGACCCGGCCUGCCGGCGUUCGGAGACCACGUGACCUGCGGCUUCCUGCAGGACUGUGGCAUGCGGGCACCGGGUCGGUCCUGCGGGCUCCAGCCUUACCUCCCGGCCCAGAGUCCUGUCCAGCCCUGCAGCUCAGGACACGUCCCAGGUCGCUGGGUCGUCCCCUGCCUCAGCUGCUCUGACAACAGGACCUGUGAUUGGAGGGAGGUCACCUGGCAGCCGGACGGCUGCUACCACCCGCCGGUGCGGCGCCCCCUGCUGCAGGACUGCAUGGCGGGCAGGAAGGUGAUGUUCAUCGGAGACUCCACCAACCGCGGGAUGAUGUUCUUCCUGAUGGAGCGCAACGGCAGCCUGCAGGACUGGGGCAGAGCUCACCACACGCUGCUGUACCGCAACCUGAACCAGCGCCGCACGCAGGUCAGCUACUCCUACUACCCCCGCUUCUGGCUGGAGGGCAGCCAGAGGCCCAGCUUCAGGCAGGCCCUGCUGCAGCUCAUCAACAGGUCUCGGCCGCUGGAGAACUCGGAGCGGACGGUGCUGGUGGUGGGCGGAGUCCAGUGGCUCAACGGCGACCACCUGAGGACGGUGCAGGACGUGUUGGACAGGGAGUCUCUGAGCGACGUCCUGGUGGUGGUGAAGUCUCUGGGGAUGGGCUUCCACCUCCCUGUAGACGGCAUCCGCUCUCUGAGCCUGACGGAGAUCCGAGGCCUGUUCAGAGACAACGCCGAGCUGAUCUCCACGGCGACACGGCUGCGCUUCGAGGCCGUGGACACCUUCAGCAUCACCGCGGGCCGAUACAAGGAGUUCCUGCAGGGCCGCUGCGCCUGCCACUUCCAUGAGGUGGAGAAGCUCCGAUCCUCCGACCCUGCAGACAGCGAGGUCACCAGGAAAACGCCCGGAACCAGGACCGGCAGCCAUUCCGUGCUUGACAUGGAACAGGAAGUCGGGUCGAAGGCCCCGACCUUUCGGGUUCGGGGAGCGGUGAACCAGGUGUACUCCGAGAUCCUGCUGAGCCGCUUGUGUCCCAGGAACAGGUGAGACUCAGCUGUCCCCUCCGGGUCAGCACCGCUGGGUCCUGCCGGGUCCUGCCGGGUCAGCGGUCACUUCACUGAUGUUCUGGGAUGAACAUGGAAGUCCAACUGACUGGGAAGGGAAGCAUAUCUGGAAAUACUUCUGGUUUGAUGAAGAGGAUGCAGAAAAAUCCCCAAUAAUCUGAGAAACUGAAAAUAUUCCAAGAAACUUUAUUUCAUUAAAACUUCGUCUGGUGGAAGUUUUACAUUCCCAGAAGUUCCCAAGAGUUUCGUUCCCUACAAGAUUCAACAAAAACUUUUCCCAGAUUUUCCAAAAAAAAUGUUUUUCCAUCCAGGAUUCAGAAUUCCAGACUUUUCAGGUUUUCCAGGCAUUUAGCAGAUUCUGCUGCUGGUUCUGCUGCUGGUUCUGCUGCGGCCCGGGUUUAACCUGCAGGAACAUCGGACCUAUCCGGGUCGCUGCAAAAGGAUUUGUGGUAGAAUCAGAUUCUUCAUCUGCUGGGAAUAAAUCUUUUCCUUCCUCGCUCUGACCCGGAACCCGACCCGGAACCCGACCCGGAGUUCUGGAACCGGUUAUGUUUUGUCAAAUUCACCAAAACUCUCAGCCAGGUUCUUAUGGUUCCUGGUUCCAUCCAGCAUGGACUUAGAACUCUGGGAUUUGGACCGCCGGUUCUGAAGGUCUCCAGCUGCUUCCGGAACCAACAGCGACUCCGGGUCCAAAUAAAGAUGCGACGGACAUGUGACAUGUCUGGUUGUGGUCGGAUUGGACCUUAUGGUUCCGUUUUAUUUUUCUACAGAUGAUUCUGCUGCUCGGCGGUCCGGUUCUGUUCUGCCCGCCUCCGGUUCCGGUUCUGUUCAUGGGUCUGAGUUUCCUCUGCUGCUAAUAAAGUUUUUAUUCUCUUU